AAGGUACACUCCCUUGGAAAAGUGUGUUUUGGCGGUGGUGGUGACUGUCAAGAGGUUAACUCCCUAUUUCCAAGCUCACCCAGUAAGAAUCAUGACGGACCAGCCUUUGGGAGCAGUUUUGAGGGACCCAUUUUCUUCAGGAAGGGUCAUCAAGUGGGCUAUGGUCCUCUCUCAAUAUGAUAUUUCUUACCAGCCCCGUUCCAGCAAGAAGGGCCAGGUCAUUGCUGAUUUUAUGGUGGAAUGCACAGCAAGAGGAAAGCCAGAAGAGGAUGGGACCGGUCAGGAAAGAAAAAGGGAGGUAUGGGAGAUUCAUUCAGAUGGAUCCUGCACUAAAGACGGUUCAGGAGGAGGAGCGGUCCUCACCUCCCCCGAAGGCUUCAAGGCUUAUCAUUCAUUCAAGUUCACAUUUCGGGCCACCAACAAUGAAGCGGAGUAUGAAGCCCUCAUUGGAGGAGUCCAGAUUGCCCUAUUCAUGAGGAUAAGACACAUUCGCCUUAAAUCCGAUUCAAAACUGGCCAUCGGACAGCUAAAAGGGGAAAUGGAGGCCAAGGAAGGAAGAUUGAAAAGAUACAGGGAUUGCGCCAGGACUCUACUGGGACAAUUUGAGUAUUAUGAACUCAUAUAUGUUCCAAGGGAGGAGAAUGAGGAAGCGGAUAUGCUUUCCAAAUUAUGUAGGACCAUUCCCGUCCACAUGGAGGGUAUGGUAAGACAGCACGAGAAGACUUGUCCUAUUUGGGAGGAGGCGGUCCCUGUCCUUGAGAUAUCCGGUCCAAGUACAACUUGGAUGAGCCCCCUGAUCACAUACCUUGAAAAGGGAGAGCUCCCUGUUGACCCCAAGGAGGCCCGCAGAGUUCAAUUGAUGGCUCCCAAAUAUCAAUUGGAUGGAAGGAAAUUGUAUAAAAGGACCUUGGGUGGACCGAUGCUCAAAUGCUUGGGUGAAAGGGAAGCAAGAAGGAUAUUGGAGGAAGUACACCAAGGAGUUUGCUCUGCCCAUCAAGGUGCUCUCACUCUAGCAAGGAAGGUGAUACUCCAGGGGUUCUAUUGGCCCACUUUGAAGAAGGAUGCACUGGAAUUGGUGAGGAAAUGCCCCACUUGCCAAGCAUUUGCACCAAUCCCUGGACGCCCAUCCACCUUUUACACCCAUGUCACUACGGCCAUCCCUUUUGCUAGAUGGGGGUUGGAUUUGGUGGGUCCUUUCGUCCAAGGGGCUGGAAGGAAGAAAUUUGCGAUUGUGGCAAUAGACUACUUUACUAAAUGGGUCGAAGCGGAGGCCCUUGUGCGAAUCACGAAGGAAAACUGCCAUAAGUUUGUGUGGAAAAAUUUGUUAUGCAGAUUUGGUGUUCUCGAGCAAAUCAUAACGGACAAUGGCACCCAAUUUGCUAGCACAAGUUUCAAGGAAUUCUGUGACGCCUGGAAAAUAAAACUCAGUCGGGCCGCUGUAGCUUACCCGCAAUGCAACGGGCAAGUGGAAAAUGCUAACAGGCCGAUUGUGGACGGUAUCAAGAAGAGAUUACACGAGUUGGGCACAUCUUGGGUGGAAGAGCUGCCCUAUGUGUUGUGGGCUCAUAGGACCACUCCGAGAAGAGCCACAGGAGAGACUCCCUUUGCCUUGGCUUAUGGCUUCGAGGCAAAGGUACCUACGGAGGUUUUGGUCCCUAGUACAAGGGUGGAGGCGUACACCCCGAUCAUCAAUGAACAAUUAAUGGAAGUAGAUUCCCACCUCACUCAAGAAAGGAGGGAUGAUGCGGCGAUAAAAGCGGAAGAGUUCCAGCGACAAUCCAAAAGAUAUCACGACAAGAAAACUAUACUUCGGGCAUUCGAAGUAGGCGAUUGGGUCCUGCGUAAAAGGGAGAAGAGUCAGCCUACUAAGGGAGGAAAACUGGCCCAGAAUUGGGAAGGACCGUAUCGCGUGGAGAGAGUGGUGCGUGCAAGCACCUAUCAAUUGGCCACUGCCGAGGGAAAAACAUUGGACAACUACUGGAACGUAGAGCAUUUGAAGAAAUUCUACCAGUAGGAACGGGUCCGUCUGAGUUUCUAUUCCGUUAAGAGCAUUUUUACUUAAGGUGUUUUCUUUCCUUUUUAUGUUGAAAUGGGCUGUACGUUGCAAAAAAGAAAGAAAAGGGGGUUUUCUGU